AUGACCCGGGACGAUUAUCGAUGGCACAUGUACGAUACAGUCAAAGGAUCCGACUGGCUUGGGGAUCAGGACGCGAUCCAUUAUAUGACGCGAGAAGCCCCGCAAGCUAUUUAUGAGCUGGAAGGAUAUGGGAUGGCCUUUUCACGAACCGAGGACGGCAGAAUCUAUCAGCGGGCUCUGGGUGGACAGAGCUUGGAGUAUGGGCGCGGAGGGCAGGCAUAUCGGACGGCCUGCGCCGCGGACCGGACCGGACAUGCUAUGUUGCAUGCAUUAUACGGACAGGCAUUGAAGCACGACACUGAAUUUUUCGUCGAAUUCUUCGCGCUCGACCUGCUGAUGGUGAACGGAGCUUGUGUUGGGGUUAUUUGCUUAUCUCUAGAAGAUGGCAGUCUCCAUCGAUUCUUCGCUCGUAAUACUGUCCUCGCCACGGGGGGCUAUGGCAGGGCUUACUUCUCCUGCACAUCUGCUCAUACUUCAACGGGGGAUGGCAGUGCCAUGGUCGCGCGUGCCGGCCUUCCAAAUCAGGACAUGGAGUUCGUCCAGUUCCAUCCAUCUGGUAUAUAUGGAGCCGGGGUGCUGAUCACUGAAGGCGCACGCGGCGAAGGGGGAUACUUGCUUAAUUCCCAAGGCGAGCGUUUUAUGGAACGAUAUGCUCCUACCGCCAAGGAUCUUGCGAGUCGAGAUGUGGUAGCCCGCGCCAUGAACCUGGAAAUUCGGGAGGGGCGUGGAUGCGGACCACACCGUGAUCACAUCCAUCUGCAGCUGUCACAUCUACCGCGCAAUCUUAUUCAAAAUCGGCUACCUGGCAUUAUGGAGACGGCCUCUAUUUUCGCUGGCAUCGAUAUCACUCGAGACCCUAUACCAGUGGUGCCAACAGUCCAUUACUGCAUGGGUGGAAUUCCAACAAACUUCAAGGGUCAGGUCCUGAGGAUCGAUAAAGAUUCCAUGGAGAGCACCGAGUCUCCCGUCCCCGGUCUUUAUGCUGCGGGCGAAGCAGCCUGCGUUAGCGUCCAUGGAGCCAAUCGGCUUGGCGCCAACUCUCUGUUGGAUAUCGUGGUAUUUGGGCGUGCAUGUGCCAUUGACAUCGCUGAGAACAACGAGCCCAAUAUGCCGCUACAGUCGUCUUGCUCGGAGAACCCGACCGUUGGGCUGGAUUCUAUCAGGGACAUGCACCGCGUCCGGACCGCGGAUGGCGAUAUGUUGACGGCACAAAUCCGCGAGCAGCUCCAGCGAGCUAUGCAGUCAGACGUUGCUGUCUUUCGGACCGAGGCGUCCCUCAUCGAAGGCACAUCUAAAGUACAACAAGUGCAGCACGAUUUCUCGACGCGAUUAGCCACGAGGGAUCGUAGUUUAAUAUGGAACUCGGACCUUGUAGAGACACUGGAAUUGCGGAAUUUGCUGACCUGUGCAGCACAGACCGCGCAUGCAGCUGUGCAGAGAACAGAAAGUCGGGGAAGCCACGCUCGAGAGGACUUCCCGGAAAGAGACGACGUGGGCUGGCUGCGGCAUAGUUUGACGUGGCAAGGCCGAGAAGAUGAGGAUGUGCACGUGGGGUACCGAGAGGUCAUGAUGAAGACAUUGGAUGAGAUAGACUGCGCAAAUGUUGCCCCCGUGAAGCGAAGCUAUUGAAAGGAGAUUGAGGUUGAUAGCGAGGAGAAAGCAGA